UCCCUCUCUCUCUCUGGUUUCUUAACACCCAAAAAACCGCCCUUCCAAUUCCUUUCUCCUUUUCUAUUUAUAGGGUUAGGGUUCUUUAGUCGCGUUAACUUUGAUUUUUUUCUUUUUUCUUUUUUCUUUUUAAAUAGAAGAAGAGAAUGUUACAAAUACCCCUCGCUUCUCUCUCAAAAUUUCAAAAUGGAGAAAUUUCAAGGUCAAGUAUGGCUUGAUUGUUCUUCUCUCUUCUCUGGGGUGGCAGUCUUGGAAUGGAUAUAUAUAAUGUUUCUGGACAUGAAAAUGCAGAAACUUAUUUGAUUCAAGGUGCUGAGAUAAACCCCAUUUUGACAAGUCCAGUUGUUGAGCAAAUUGAAACCAUGUACAACGAAGGAACCCCCGAGUUUGUUGCAGGUCAGGGCUUGUUUUAUCCUGCUGCCACCAACUAUGGUUACUACUGUACAGGAUUUGAAACACCCGUUGAAUGGGAGGACCAUCAAAAGAUUUUUGGUGUAGAUGGUCCAGAAAUCCAGUAUGCGGGUGCACAAAAUGAAAGUUUACCUUAUGUAUAUUAUACACCUAGCUAUGGACAUGCACAGUCUCCAUAUAACCCUUACAAUCCUUACAUACCCGGUGCUAUGGUAGGAAUUGAUGGAUCGUAUGCUGGGGCACAACAGUAUUACACAAUCUCCCCUUAUCAGGACCCUGUAUCGUCACCUGGCUAUAUUUCUGUUGCUGUUCAACCAGAAGUCUUCCCAUAUGGUUUGGCAGGUCCUUUGGUAGAUAAUGGCAUAGAACGCAGUAGUAGACCUGAUGGGAGAAGUUUAAAGCAUGGCGGUUCUUCAUCAUCUGCAGCCUUUGCUAGAAACAUCCCAAGACCUGCUUCAAACCAGACUAAUUCUUUGUACAGGAUAUCUGAAGGGCCAAAAGCUAAUGUUGGACCAAGUAAGCAACCAAUGACACAUGGAGGUGUUUCUUCUGGUAGCAUUCUUACUCAAACUUCAUCACAUGUGCUUCAGGGUAGAAGUGCUUCUGGUCCCAUGCAUCCUUCUGACAAAAUUUCAAAUGGCAAAGUUCAAUCUCAUCAAAACCAAUUAGAAACCAGUCUCCCUGUCAACAAUGGAUUUUCUAAUUUUGGAUCAAGUGCUUAUGGCCGAACCUCAGUGGAUAAACUUCGAUCAAAGACUCAUGAUGGCAGAACUCUCAGUGAUCUGAAUAGAAAUGCAGAGCUGUUGGGUGAGCAGAACCGGGGACCUAGGACAAACAAGUCAAAAAAUCAACUGGCAGUUAAAGCCUACACAGCCAAAGUGGGAGAUGAUAACGGGCUUGGAAACAUUGUUAUACAGACUGAUCAGUACAACAAGGAUGAUUUCUCAACUGAUUAUUUAGAUGCAAAGUUUUUUGUAAUAAAAUCAUAUAGUGAGGAUGAUGUGCACAAGAGCAUCAAAUAUAAUGUUUGGUCAUCCACACCUCAUGGAAACAAAAAGCUGCAGACUGCAUUUGAAGAUGCACAGAAACUAGCUGUGGGAAGACCUAGAGGCUGCCCUAUUUUUCUGUUCUUUUCUGUUAAUGCAAGUGGUCAAUUCUGUGGUGUUGCAGAGAUGAUUGGCCCGGUGGACCUUCAUAGAGAUAUGGACUUUUGGCAGCAAGAUAAAUGGAGUGGGAGCUUUCUUGUCAAGUGGCAUAUUAUUAAAGAUAUACCAAACUCAAGCUUUAGGCACAUCAUAUUGGAGAAUAAUGAGAACAAGCCAGUAACUAACAGCAGAGACACCCAAGAGAUAAUGUAUAAGCAAGGUUUAGAGAUGCUGAAAACAUUCAAAAAUCACCCACUUAGGACUUCUAUACUUGAUGACUUCAUGUACUAUGAGAAUCGCCAGAAAAUUAUGCAGGACGAAAAAGCCAGGCUUAUGUUUAAAAGCUUCCGAUCUCCAUUGUUCGUACCUGCAUUAAAUCCUGCCAUCGAGCUAGAUGGUCUCGUGCAGCAGCCACCACACAAAGAUGAGAGGAUGAAGCAUAAUGAUCUUAACAACUUGAAGAAAACUGAUGGAAACAAAUAUGAAAAGAUUAUGAAUCCAAAUGAUUGCAACAGCUGGAAGAAAGUUGAGACAAACAAAGAUGAGAAGAUUAUAGAUCAUGAUGAUCUUCACAGCUUCAAGAACACUGGGACCUCUGCCAUCGAGCAACUUUCUUCAGAUUCAGAUGUUACCAUUUCAAGCAGGGGCAAAGAUUCUGGGCAAGCUACAGUGGAUGCAGAUGAUGAUAUUGGAUCUGUGCUAAAGAUUGGCUCACUUGAUGUAAAUCCGAAACAGACUGAAUCUAAUUCCUUGCUGAGUGCUGCUAACAAAUCUGCUGACAUUGUCACAAUAGGAUCAAUGCCUGUUAAAGUUAAUGGAAUGACUGAAUCUUCUGGUUUUCUAACAGUGGGUACUAUCCCCCUUGAUCCUAGGUCUGUACAACUGGACAAAGAUGGCGCUGUUGGUAAACAGGGGUCUCAGUACUGAUGACAUAGAAGGUUUGCGAUUAACUGUUUUCUUGUGUUGUUUCAACAUAGUAGUUUUCGCGUAGCAGAUCAAUGUAAGUGGAAAAUAUAGGAAUGUGGGCAAUAGAAGUUGGAAAAUUUGAAUUGUUUCCGUCAAA